AUGUUCUUAAGGAGUUUUUCUCUUUGGAAAAUAUCGACUUCGAAAGUUUUCACUCCAAGCUCUUUAAUUCUUCGUAGGUCAAUAUCAAUUCCAGCAACAAAUAUACCAGACACAAGGGACCAGAUAAUAUCAAAUGAUGAGGCUCCGACAACGAAUAUCCCAGAUCUAACUCCAUUAAAGCUAACCAAUGAAUUAUAUGCUACUGUAAAAGUUCAUGAAAGACCCUAUGUCGUCACCAAAGGGGACAGACUCAUAUUACCUUUCAAAGUGAAACAAGCUGCUGUCGGAGAUAUCUUGACACUAAACAAUGUCACAGCAAUUGGAUCCAGGAAUUAUAAACUUGUAGGUCAUCCCAUUGAUCCAUCGUUAUAUACAAUAAGAGCUACAGUACUCGAGAAGACGAAACGUGCGUUCCAAGUUAGAGAAGUUACAAAGAGAAGAAAUAGAAGAGUUCGUCAUGCUACAACUAAAGGUGAUUUAACUAUUUUAAGAAUCUCGGAACUAACUUUAAAUUAA